AAAAAACACAUUCACAUCAUUAUCAAGAUGAUAACAUAUUCCACUACAAACCAUUACUAUUAUUUAUUUAUUUUAAAAAAAGUUGAAUAAGAUUGAAAAAACCUAACCCAUUCCAAACUCUCCCAUUCCUCAAUUAUCCACCUAUGGAAGAAGAACAAGGCAAGAAACUCCACGUAGUGAUGUUUCCAUGGAUGGCCAUAGGCCAUCUCAGGCCCUUCUUCGAGCUAUCGAAAUACGUAGCUCGAAGAGGCCACAAAAUCUCAUUCAUUUCAAGCCCAAGAAACCUUAAAAAAACAGUCAAAGUGCCUCCACACCUCUCCCGCCUCAUCGACCUCGUCGCCAUCCCUCUGCCCCCGGUCGAGCACCUGCCCCCCGACGCGGAGUCCUCGAUGGACGUGCCCCACGUCAAGCAGCAGCUGCUCAAGGUCGCCCUCGACCUUCUCGAGCCGGAGCUGCGUUCUUUCCUCGAGAACGCUAGCCCCAAGCCCGACUGGAUCGUCUACGACUACGCCUCCCACUGGCUGCCCCGGCUCGCGGGGGAGCUCGGCAUCAAGAGGGCCUACUUCAGCCUCUUUACGGCCGCGUUCAUGGCGUUCCUCGGGCCCCCGUCCGUGCUGCUGAACGGGGCGUUCAGCAGGUCCGCCGCAGAGGACUACACCGUCGUGCCGGAGUGGCUCCCUGCCUCCUCCAACAUGGCUUUCCGCCUCCACGAAAUGACUAAGAACAAAGAAAAAGAUGCCGACGGGAAUGACUACGACUCCGGCACGAACGAUUCGAUCCGGUUCGCGCUUUCCGUAGACGGCAGCGACAUAGUCAUCUUCAGAUCAUGCGUCGAGUUCGAGCCCGAGUGGUUCGAACUCGUCCGCAGCCUCUACCGGAAGCCGGUCUUCCCGGUUGGGGCCCUGCCGUCCGGAGACGAACGAGACGAGGGCGACGAGGAGUGGACAAAGAUCAGAGAGUUCCUUGACCUACAAAAGGAGGGCUCAUUAGUGUAUGUUGCACUUGGAACUGAAGCUGUGCUAACAAAUGAAGAAGCUCAAGAAUUAGCCCUAGGGUUGGAGCAAUGUGGAUCACCUUUCUUUUGGGUGCUGAACAGAAGCUAUGAGAAGCUUCCAGAAGGAUUCUGUGACAGAGUCAGAGACAGGGGUGUUGUCUACUCAAAAUGGGCACCACAGGUCAAGAUUCUUGGCCAUGUGGCGGUCGGGGGAUUCCUGACGCACUGUGGAUGGAACUCGGCCACGGAGGCCCUCGGGUUCGGGCGGCCGCUGAUCCUGUUCCCGGUCAUGAAUGACCAGGGGCUGAAUGCUAGGCUCCUGCAGGAGAAGGGAGUGGGCAUCGAGAUACCGAGAAACGAGGCCGACGGAUCGUUCACAGGCGAGGCGGUGGCGGAGGCGGUGAGGGCGGCAUUGGUGGGGGAGGAGGGCAGAUCAGUGAGAGAGAAUGCAAGCAAGAUGAGAGAGCUGUUUGGGAGUGAGAGCAGAAGCAACUCUUAUGUUGACACUUUAGUUCAUCACAUGAUGCAGACAAAUGGGAUUUGAGAAAAUUGUUGUUAUGAAUAAUUGGGAUAUCUAAAAAUUGAAUCUUGGAAUCAUUUCAAUCCCAAGAUUUAUUUGACAUAA